CUUAUUCAGCGAAUCCGAAUUCAUGUUUGUGUUUUUCUUUCUCUCAUUUUACUUACACACGAGCGCAAGAUGGCGGAUUGCUCCAAAUGAUUUGUGGUUGUUGUACACAUGAGACAACCUGUAAUUGUUUUGACAUGAACUUCGUUGUUCUGGAUAAAAGUAAUUUUCAUACAAAUUUCAUUACAUUGCCCUAUAUAGUACUAAAAUAAAACACAGCAUAUAUUUGCCGUUCACGGGUUUUCUAUUCAGUACUAAAAUAAAACACAGCAAGUAUAGCAAACAGCUGUUUUUGCUUAGUAAAAAGUCAAGAGUUGUAGUUUUCAUUUUGUUGGAAAAAAAACUAAAUAAAAUCUGGAAGAAAGGAAAUUGACUAAAAAUGAAUGUUAUUACUAGCAUAAAGCUUUACAUAGAGAAAAUGUGUUCGGAGUCAGGACCAGGCAUGAAGACCAUGCUAUUAGAUAAGGAAACGACAAGUAUUAUUUCAAUGGCUUUUGCCCAAUCAGAUAUGUUGCAACGUGAGGUCUUCCUAUUUGAGCGCAUCGAUUCUGGGCGCUCCAAUGAAAGAAUGAAAUAUUUAAAGUGCAUUGUUUUUAUACGCCCUACCAAACAGAAUGUGCAAUUGCUAGCCCAGGAACUACGAAGUCCAAAAUAUGGAUCAUAUUUUCUAUAUUUCAGCAACAUUAUACCCAGAACAGAUAUCAAAUUUUUAGCGGAAUGCGAUGAAAGUGAAUCUGUUAGAGAAGUCAAGGAACUCUAUGCCGAUUACCUUGCUGUCAAUCCUAAUUUGUUUUCCCUAAACAUACCAACUUGUAUGCAAAGGCUCAAUUGGCUGCCCGACGCUCUUACCCGUUCUGUACAUGGUGUAGUUUCGGUAUUACUUUCCCUCAAAUUAAAUCCAGUUAUUCGUUAUAGAUCCGGCUCUACGGUGGCUCAAACAUUAGCCAAACAAAUAUUUGAACAAAUAACCAAAGAGUCUUCGCUCUUUGACUUUCGCACUCAUGAGAAUGGUGCUGCUCCUCCUCUACUUUUGAUACUUGAUCGUCGUGAUGAUCCGGUGACACCUCUAUUACAUCAAUGGACCUACCAGGCUAUGGUUCAUGAGCUCCUUUCAAUAAGAAACAAUCGUGUGGAUCUCUCUGGCAUACAGGGUAUACCCAAAGACUACAAAGAAUUGGUGCUUUCUGGAGAUCAAGAUGAAUUUUAUGGCAAAAAUAUGUAUGCAAAUUUCGGAGAAAUUGGUUCUACCAUUAAAGGUUUAAUGGAAGAGUUUCAGCGUAAAGCUAAAGAUCAGAAAAAGGUUGAAAGUAUUGCAGAUAUGAAAAAUUUCAUUGAAACCUAUCCACAAUUCAAGAAAAUGUCGGGCACUGUGCAAAAGCAUUUGUGCAUCAUGGGCGAAUUGUCUUCACUAACAACCAAACGCAACCUAUUCGAGGUCUCAGAACUGGAACAGGAAAUUGCCUGCAGAGCAGAACAUUCGCAACAAUUGCAAAGGAUAAAAAAGAUCAUUGGCGACGAACGUACUUCAAUAAACGAUGUCAUCAAAUUGGUUGCCUUGUACGCAUUACGCUAUGAAAGACAUGCAAAUUGUGACACAUCGGGCUUACUGCAAAUGAUAAAGUCCAGAGGAGGUCAAACUCACAUUAUACCUAGUCUCAUAGAAUAUGCCGGAACACACAUGCGUCAAGGGGAAUUAUUCAAUUUGGUACGCAUAGCCGGCGCUAUAAAGUUGACGCGUAACUUUAUCAUAGGUCUAAAGGGUGUCGAGAAUGUAUUCACUCAACACACACCGCUGUUAAAGGAAACACUUGAAGAAGUUUUCAAAGGACGCGAGUUGGAUUCCAUGUAUCCAGCUAUCAAUUCCGAACUGGUACCUUUCCGAAGGCCACCACAAGAGGUGGUUGUCUUCAUGGUUGGCGGUGCCACCUAUGAAGAAGCUUUAGCUGUUCAUCAAUUGAAUAAUGCCGGUUAUCGAGUCAUACUGGGGGGUACCUACAUACACAAUUCCACGAGCUUUAUAGAUGAAGUAUUAGCCGCUACAGAAAAUAUGCAAUUUAAGCAUACAAAAUCAAUGCUGCGACACUAUGCCUCCUCAGACAAUUAUUAACUAAAAUUGCAAAUUAUAAUUCAAUGUGUUACUACUACAUGUUUAUCUACAUUAUAUUAUUGAAAAUAUUGUAAAUUAUCCUCUAGAUGUAAUAUGUAUACUUUUAAUAAUGCGCCUAUUUCAAAUGGAACAUACAAAUUAAUAAAAUAGCUAUCAGUGUUA